GAAAAAUCUGCCCGGGGUUCAAUCUUGUGAAUAUAUUGAAAUAUACUGAAAUAUCUGAUAAUUGUUCAUUUAAGUGCUCAUCUUGAUUAAACCGAUUUUAUCAUUUAGUUAAGAUAGUUGUAUUGCAAGCAAUUGUCAAUCUGGAAAUUGUAAUUGGUUGGAUGGGUAUUUCAAACAUCUACCAAUGCCUGGCCUCUAAAAUUAUAAGCGAUUUCAAACUGUGAAGCUUAUACAUCGAGCAAAAUGAAGGGGACCCUCGUCUUCGAUCAUCUUAACGAUCUCAUCUAUUUAAACUGUUGCCCCCGAUUUGUGAAACAUGUUCGGAAGUUGGCGUCUGCACAAGGUCUCGUUUCCAGCGAACACAGCCAACCAUUUGGCACUGGAAAAAUGGCAUUGGAUCCGAACGUUUUGAUCCAACUGUUUUCGCCCCUGGUCACGUCGCAACGAUUUAUGAGAGAACAAUUUGGGAAUCCGUACAACAGUUUGCAAUGUAACGACGGGACGAAUAUUGUGUUUCAAGAUUACAUGGGCUUUCUCUUUUUGAGAGUGGGCAACGAAGAAGUGUCCAGUUUAAAGAGAUCGGUCGGAAUCACCAUUACUCUCGUGGGCUACUUGGUUGGACCGGAUGUGUCAAUACUGAAAUCAUCCCCCUCACACGCCAAGCUUCUCGAUAAUCUCCUCUCGUCUUGGAACUUUCUUUACAAUUCGGACCAAGCUUUUAUGAUCGAGGGAAUUUCUCAAGUUAAAGUUGCCCAACAGCUCAAUACUUCAUUAGUCAACUCGCUUCAUGCCGUGGCCGGAAAGGUGCAAGACGAGGUCGGAAGUUCCGUCCACACAAUGUUAUUUCUUGAGACAAAACUCUUGUCUUGGUACUCGACCAAGAAUGCGGUCAAUCUUGCACCGGAAGACCUGCUCUUCCUCAUUCUCCUCUGUCACAAGACGAAACAUCAGAGGCGGACAAACGACGUGGCUGGGCCGAUUCCAAAGUUUUCGAUGAAACAGAAAAGUCGUGGUGGUGAGAGCAGCUCAACGACUUCAACGGAUGCAGAAUCGUCACUUAAUUUGGAUAACGUGGCGACAAAACAACAGUUUUCCGAAGAGGAUGAGGAUGACGAGGGGGACGAUGCUUCAAAUGGAGGUGGUGGUUGGGAUUUUGUGGAUGCGGAGGAUUGCGAUGACGAUAAGGUUGUGAAAUACGCUAUUCUACUGAAAGACAAGCAUGGGAAUUGUGUCCCACACAUCGCUCAUGUCGGAAUCGUGCAGAAUGGGUUAUAUUUCGUCUUGGUGUCUCAGCCACCCACCGCUCCGCUUACCACCACAGCGAUAUCAGCUUUCCAACAAUCCAUCCUAUUUCAUAACGCCUCUCGAGACAUUCUCACCGACAAAAGUUCCUUCGAUCGGCUCGAGUCUACUACCAAGAGGCUGCAAGAGUUGUUAAAAAAGCAUAAAAAUCUCAACCUCCGAAACGAACUGGGGACACGAUGGGACCGAUUUCGAACCGGAUUUCAACAAUAUUUAAAAUCGAAAGAACCCAUAACCGUCCAAGCCAUGCCGCUGGUGGACAUUUUCAGAGAAAUUUUCCGAAUUUAUUUCAACAAUGAGAGAUUCUUGUCGCCCUCUCCUCCUCCGAAUGAGAGCAGCAGUGGCAAGUUUUUUAGUAUUAGUAAGCAGCAGCAGAAACAAUCAUCACCGCCACCGCUGUCGCCGUUGGACAUGGUAUGGAAACAGAUCAAAACUGACACGGAUGAUUUCUGGGGAUUUCUUCGCCUCAAAACGAAAUCAAGUAGGCGAAGUAGUGGGAACAGUACAAGAACAAGUUUGUUACUGGAGAGCAGAGAAAGUUUAUUUAUAAACAAGUAUCUCGAAGAAUUUCCUGGCUUGGUUCACUUCAUUUAUGUGGAUCGGAAUAAACAUUCUGUUAUCUUGCCAGUGGUGGAUUUUUCAAAGGAGGAGACCAUCAAGUUGACCAAGCCCAAGAUUUGGGGAAUGGUGAAAUUCGCUCGAGACCACAUGCAGCAGGGUCACUUUUCUCUCAUGUGGAAAGACGGUGCUUUCAAUUACGCGUACUUCCUCUGGUUUGAAGAUAACUCGGGAACAUCCAUCCGCCCCAAGCAACCCGCCAUGCCGUGGGAGAAUUACCCUCUUCCAGGCAUAAUGUCGGGCGAUUUCUACCAGCGAGUAAUAGCGGAAUGCUUCCCCAACAAUUCCUCCAAGGUUCGGUGCGUCGAGUUAUUCUGCAUCCACUUGGGUCUGGUGACAUCCUCUUGCGUCCUAGAACAUUCAAGACGACUCGCCACCAAUAUUUUUGACGAAUAUAUUGGAACCAAUGUGGCAAUGGAUUUAUUGUAAUCACACAUUUUUUCGUGCCGUGCUUGACCAAAUCAACUUCGACAACGACACGUUGAUGAAUUUAUUUUACCCAAUUCAUGGAUUUUAACGAAAUGAUAUACUUAAUACAUUCUAUUUUUAAUUUUUCGCAUCUUCAAUGUCAAUUGAGGGAUCAAUAUCAAUACGGUGCUUAUUUUGUACUAGUUUAUUGAAAUGAUACAUAAAUACGCUAACUAAAUAAAUAUUAAUUAAUUACUGAACA